CGGGCCGAAACCUCUUAAGCUGUCUGUUGCGUUAUUCGACUCACAAGCAAAAAACACGCGCGCCCGGAGCAGUGGAGACAGCAGACGCCAACAGGAGUACCAGACAGCUUCCCUAGCAGCCUUUGGGCAGAAGUGAGCACUUUUUAUUUUAGCAAAUUUGACGCAGGUGCCUACGAGAAACGCGAGAGAGAUGCCCACUGGACUGUAGUAUAGUCAGCCAAUCAGAAUUCGUAUAUCGUAUCGUACACAUUUUUGUAUGAUUCGCAGCCAAUCAGGAAUCGUCCUGAAUCGUACAGAGUCGUGUUAUAGUAUUUCCAAGUGUUUCAGCACGGUUGGGGACGAUUCAAGUUUCUGGGAUACUUUCAGCCGGCCUUAUACAGUAGGUACUCACGAGAGCUUUUGUUUAGCUAUGUUCCGCGUUCACCCGCAAAUUUCGUAGAUUUCUCACCCCAUGGGGAUUC